AGGCGACAGAGGUACACGGUCGCUAGUGUGAUGAUGGCACCUUCUGGGUCGAAGAGGGCGGGCUUGAUGAUUUAUGCAUUCGGAACGCUAUUUCAAGAAAAAAAUAGUACAGGGAUGUAUAGUGCCAUUCGUGAGUCAAUAUUACCCAUCUCAUCACAGGAUAUUCCAAGACAAUGAUCCGAAUCACUCUGCCUCAGCCAAAUUCAUGGAAGAGAAAGGUAUCAAUUGGGAACGCACACCACCAGAUACACCAGAGAAGCAGCACAUCCAGGCCACAGCCAACCCUGCCUAGAGCUGAUGAUGGUGGGAAUGCUGGUUCUUCGUCUGUUCCGCGGCCACUAAGGCGCCAAUCACAGGCCAGCGUUACUGUGGCUACAAGGCCACCCAAGAGGCCCCGUGUACAGGCUCCUGCACCAGCAUCACCCCCCCAAAGGCGCAUCUCUGCAGUGGCUUCCGUGCCACCACUGGCACUUUUGGCAAGCCCCCAAAGUGUAGAUCCGCAAUCCCCACAGGUGUCUGAUCCAGCCAUCAUGAGCGACGAUGGCCAGCAGGCCCGUGCCCAGGAGACUUAUACACUACACCUGCAGCCCAUCGACCCAACACAGGCAAACAUGGCUCAGGAUAUUCAACAACAACCGCAAGCUUCUCAAAGUCAACAAAUGAGCUCAACACCAGGGACAAUGCAAACGGAUCCAGAGUUUUGGUCAGGUUGGGCAUCACACCAGGCACACCACUCCGCGUGUCUCACCACCCAAACACAACACCUGUCUAGUCUGCCCCAUCAUUUGCCAAAAGUUAGUCGCAACUCUGCCAGACUCAUCGUGCAGGUGGGGCGGAUAGCAAACACAAUGGAGCAGAUGAGGGCAGACAACUCACAAAUGCAGGCAAACCAUCAGCGCAUCAUGGAUGAGCGACAGCGGCAACACCAAACACUGAUCCAGAUUAUACAGCACAAUCAACUUAUAAAUGACAAUCUGUCUAGAAUCAUUGCCACCAAUACUGCCGCUUAUACACAGCUUACGGCCAGUUUAAAUAUUUUGAGCCAAAAUUUAAGUGCAAUGGGCCAACAACAUGUGACCUCAAGCUCAGGCACAACAACCCCUAGCCAAACACCAGUACAAUCACCAGUUCGACGAUCAAGUCGAAGCCGCACCCACGAGCACCCACAAGCCUCUGCACCCAGCACCCAAAAAAAAAGAAAAUAAUAUGUAGUGCCCAUAAUAUGGUGGGCAGUUCAAAUUAUCACAUAUGUGUUAUGACUACAUUGGUCUGUUGUUUACAAUAAAUUGUGAUUCCAAAA